AUGGCCUCACCCUUUCGGGGAAAGCCCUCUCCGGCCCGGGCGGAAUCCAUCCGCUCCGAGGAGACGGCGACGGUCAGCGUGGAGACCUCGUCCCAUCGCGUGGAGACAUCCUACCGUCACUUGCGGACAUCUUCCCGGCAGGUGGAGACCACCCAGCGCCGCAGCGAGGAGCCCUCCGUCUCCCGCUCUGGGAAGAGACUCCCUCGAGUCCUCGAGGUGUCCUCCCAGCACGUGGAAACCCGCUCGCAGCUCACGGAGACGGCUUCCCGCCACGUCAGGGCCUCGUCCCUGCGGGUGGAGACGUCUGUGCACCGCGUGGAGAGCCCGCCACGGCGGGAGAAGCCGUCCGCCCGCCAGAACGUCCAAAAGGCCCGAUGA